UAUGGUGUUUGGACUCUAUACAAAGAUUUUAUCCGCAUAUUCGUGUUAGUUUGAAAUUCAUUCAUUACCACUGAUCACUGCCUAUUAACUUCCUGAUCAUUUUCAUUGGACGAUAUAAAUAUUACAAGACGUUUUCUAAAUUACUGAUCAAUGUUCAUUAUAGGAAAUGCUGCAUAUUCUGUUGGAGGAACUAUUAUCCCGUUUCAACACUUGCCAGAAUAGAUACAGGAGAUGUCACUUUCACCGAAAAAAGUAUGUAAAUCAUGUGGAAAUCUAAGUCAAACUCUAGACAAUUGCACACACUGCGGUGAAAAGUUUGCAGACGGAGUUGUAGCAAAGAGAAAAAAGGAACUUGAACCGCCAUCUGAGUUACCUGUGUGUUCAGAAAAAUCAACGACUAAAGAUUAUACAAUGAAACGAUCUGUCUCUCUUUAUAGUACAACGUCUGGAAAACCGAAGGCAGGAGCAAUCAAACACUAUGAUGUCGACAACAGCACUCAGGCAUCAAAUCGCAGUUCCAAUUACCUCAAUGUAGAAAUGAAAGAUAGUUAUGUUGAAGCAAUACGCGAUUUUGAUAAAAUGAGACCUGGAGAUUUAACCAUACGGACUGGAGACAUAAUUACCCUUGUGAGGGAACACAAUGAUGGAUACAUGGAAGGGAGACUUGGAAAAGAAGAAGGUCUUUUUCCUACUUCUCACGUAAAGGCAUAUAAUAAACAAGGUAGCCUCAGUUCCGGUCAAACAUCACAUGACAAGUCUGAGUACUUCAACGUCGAUCUGAAAGAAAGUGCAUCAGUGGUUCCAGAUGUACCACCACGAAAAUUUAAUCUGAAUUCAAGUUUUCCGUCUGCAGGCCUGGAUCAAGAUCUUCUGGAACUACCACCAGCACCACCUAGGCCUUUUCGAAAAGAUAAUACCAACGAUGGAACGAAAGAAUCCGAAGAUGUCGGCCCGAAACUUCCACCGAAACCAUCAAGGAAAAAUGUUGAAACAUUCGAUACUACUAAUAGAUACUUAUCAUUCAAGAAAGAAGAUCAAAUUUAUAAUGCUGAAAACGAAGAUGAAAUUAGAAUCAUACUGCUGGGGAAAACCGGAUCAGGCAAGAGCGCUACUGGAAAUUCUAUUGUAGGAGAAAAAAUGUUUAAAUCAGAUAUCAGUGGAAAGUCCGUAACUAAAAAAUGUGAAAAAUUUGACGUCAGAUGCAAUGGAAGAAAAUUAAUGGUAAUUGAUACACCCGGUUUGUUUGACACAACGUUAUCACAAGACGUCGUCAAAAAUGAAAUAAUUCGCUGCGCGGAUAUGUCCUUACCUGGCCCACAUGUGUUUAUGAUCGUGCUUCAGAUAACAAGGUUAACAGCAGAGGAAACCGAGGCUUUAGAACAACUGUUUGAAACUUUUGGCACGUCCAUGGGGAAGUACUCUUUGAUAGUUUUCACGAGAUCAGAUGAGUUGAAAAGAGAAGGAAAAAGCAUUAAAUCUUUUAUUGAGGAAACAGGCUCACCUCUGACUGAUUUUAUACGAAAAUGCAGAGAUCGUUAUUUUGCGAUGGACAACACUACAACUGGACAAGUUAAGAAUCAAAUGGUCACGGAGUUAGUGAAAGUAGUUGCAGAUAUAGUAAAAGAUAACGGCGGUCGUCAUUUUACAAAUAGAAUUAUCGAGGAAGCAUGCCAAGCUAGAAAAGCGUAUGACUCUUUGAAUCAAACAGACGAUCUUCAGCAAUUACAUAACAAAGACGAAGAUGACGAUGUAUUUGAUGAUGAUUUUGACGUGUAUAAAGGCGAUAGCAUUUCGGUCGAAAGCCAUGAUUCCGGAGUUUCAAUGUCAAAUCAACCUAUAUAUGAUGAAAUAUAUGAAGGAUAUAAUUCUAAGGAGAACGAGAUUAGGAACCUUAUUGACAAAACUCACAGCAAAAUUAAGAGCACUGAGACAAUAAAAAAUCGUCUACAGGAACAAAUUGAAAACGAUAUGGCGAAGAUCGAUUUACAAUUGACAAAGAAGAAGAAGGAGGUUAUUGAUAUCAAGGCUGACCUUGACCGUUUAACAAACCAGUGCCGUACACUAGAACAGCAGAGGAGAGACAUAGAGUGUAAAACAAGAAACGACAAUCAAGAAUAUGAUUUAAAACUGAAGCAGUUACACAAAAGGAGAAGAGAUUAUCAGAAUCAAAUAGACAGCCUUGAGCGAAAAAAAAUGGAGUCAAGACAGAAAAUUUCGAAAGAGUCUGCAAGUUUGCAAACCAAGAUAAAUACUCUUCAAAACGGCUGUUUGAUUAUGUAAAUUUUGAGAUGCUGAACAUAAUGAUAUAACGAUUAAAAGCAAUUCUAUCUGAACUGAAACAGUGAUAAAAGUUUUGUAUUGACGUCACAUGUGUAUAUAGUUAUAAAUAUGAAUUUGAUUAUCAUUCACCUUUUGCAUACGCGGUUUAUUGAAAAAUACUUUUCUUUUUGCUUUCAGUCAAUUAAAUAAUUACUGAGGCAAUUUACCGAAAAAAUGUUUGUAAUUUGUAUUUUUUUUUGGAAAAUUUUACUCAUUUCUCUUCAUAUUGUAGUCCUAUUACAUUGGCCCCUUUUAUUGCAUUUGAUAACAUGAAGCUUGUUUUCAAUUGUUUACGAGCAAUUGCUGAUUUUUAUAUUUUAUUUGGAAAAAGUGUGAUGUAAAAUGAGUUGAAAAACAAUAGUAAGACAUAAAUUUUGGAGGGAGAUUUAUUAACAUAUGUAGAGGUGUUAAUGAUUAUUUGAUAUAUAAUCAUACAAAGUUUUAUUUUAAUCACAUUUAUUGAUAUGGUGAUUUAUUUCGAAAAUCUUAUGUGUUUUUACGUCUUAUAAGAACAGCAUGUGUUUAUUUCAAUUUAUCUUUGUUCUAAAUAUGACUUUAUUGCAUAAGGUGGUAAAAUUUUUAAAGUGUUAAAUUUGAUUUUAAUAAGAUAAUCUAAAAGUUUUCCGAUAUACAGGUUUAUAUCUAGAACAGUUUAUUUCUUUUUUUUGUAUUUGUUUCUUUUUUGAAUUUUUUGAAUUUAAGUUGAAGCUGUUUCUAUUUGGUAUAUAUCAAGUACAAAAGUAUUUGCUAAAUUGUAUUAUACUAAAUAGAAUACAAUCAGUUGCAUAUUAUGGCUAUAUAUCAGAAAAGAGUAACGUUUACAGAAAACCGUGUGUUUAAGGCAUUUGGAUCCGUUUCACCUUGAUCUAAACAGGCAUACUUAUUUUUAAUACAUAUACGGAAAAGCAAACUGCUGUAAGCCGUACUGAACUUGCAGCCAAUUGGUAGCGUAUGUACGAUGUUAAUGUAUCACAUUGAAUUUAAAAUGAAAAAAUAGUAAUACAGGAAGAAACGAGCUGCUAUUUGA